UUCAAUGCGUACCGAUUGCCAACCUCAUUUUUAACAAAAAUAAAAAAAGAAAAACAACCAGCCAGUGAGAUGUGUUAAUUUUUAUUUGAAUAUAUUUUUUUCUUAACCAUGGAGGGACGAAGGACUUGGGAUGGUGUGCCUAUUGAAUCUCAUUCGCCACCGCAAUCGGUGCCUGGACGAAGAACGCCUCUCGGGGCUGUGGGCUUGGGAGGUUUCUAUAUGCAAGGCGGUCAGCCGCCGCCCCCACAACACUGCUACCCGAGCGAUGAAAAUCAACCGGAACCUGGAACUAGCUACGCUCAAAGGCCUUUAAAUGAAGGAAAAUCAAAGCAGAAGAUGAGACAGGGGAAAAGCGUACGUCUUAACAUAAAUGCAAGAGAACGCAGACGAAUGCAUGACUUGAAUGAUGCUUUGGACGAGCUGCGUGGAGUGAUUCCAUACGCGCACUCACCAUCUGUCCGCAAGCUUUCCAAGAUAGCCACGCUCCUCCUGGCCAAGAACUAUAUAAUGAUGCAAGCGAGCGCACUUGAGGAGUUAAGGAGGCUAGUCGCGUAUCUUCAAGGGACGGCAACAGCCGCGGGUAUUGUUCCACCUCCUGGUUUCGACCUGACCGGUUUCCCCGCUGCUGCAAAACUACUGCAGCCACCAGCCCCUGGUCCGCCCGCGCUCCCCGAGCCGCCAUCUUGAGACCCGCCUGUCAAAUUAGAACCUUAAAAUUCGUGAGUCUAGUCAACAGUUAAUCGCAUAGUUUUAAUAAAUGUAUAUGGGUAGUUAUUUACUAUAAUAAGUUGGUGUGUGGAACGAUGCGUUACGUGAUUGUACCUAUAAUAACAGUUUAGUAUCUAAAGAUGUAUCGAUUAAAUAUUAGAGUAUAUUGGGACAGAAACAAUCUGCGCUCCAUAAUGUACUUAGAGUUUUAGGAUACUAAAUUAAGAAAAUACGUCAUUUAUAAAUAACUAGUUGAUUAAUCAGACGUUGUCCGAAAUUAGCUAUACACAUAUAUAUAGUUGGACCUGCGGCUUUUUAUUUAGUUUCUACUUAAACCAUUUUGGGAAAUAGAGUGACAUUUCAAGAUACACAUUCAUAUAAAACUGCGAACUGUCAAACGAGCGAAGUUAAAAUAGUCGUUAAGUAUCCGGGAAUUUUCCAAUUUUCUGAAAAAAAAAUAUUAUUUUUUUCUUUCCGUAAAACCUCUUACAAAUUAUUAAAAAAACUCAAAAAAAGAUUAAUAACAUCGGUUAAGUCAUUCUUAACUUAUGACGUGAACAAGGGAAAUUGGGAUUCAUUUAUAUGUCUAUAAGUAGAUAUAGAUACUAUUGUAUUACUAUGCCAAUCAUAGCGGGAACUACUUAUUAAAGUAUGUAUUUAACAUUUUACGUAUUAAAACUCGGUGGUUACUGGUCUAAAUAAUAUAAUUUGCACAAAGAUGUUUUUAAUUGUAAGGAAACAAAAAUUGAUUAUAGAGUUACUAUUAACGGGCUGGCAAAAAUGCUCGACCCAUCUAUAGUAUAUUAUAGACUAACGUUAUAAAAAUAAAACCGGAUAAGUGCAAGUUGGACUCGCGCACCGAGAUUUCCAUACAAACUUAUAUGUGAAGCAUCCAAGUAUUAAGUACUUAUAUAUUUGACAAACCAACUUUGCCGUUCGAUCCCUACACGGUUAUUUGCUUUAUAAGAGUUAUAAGGCGUUGCCAAAUUUAAUGAUUCUAGGUCAACGGGAAGCACCCCAUAGGUUUUGAUUUCCUUAUGAAAUCGCAAAAUAUGCGAC